AGUUAAGAGCAACACAAAACAGAGAUGACCCGUUCAAAAGUGUCCAUUAGGAAGAUGACCCGUUUGGCCCAUGAAACGCGCUGUAUAGAGCAGAGCAACUGGCAGUCGACUAAAGGAUUUUGAUAAACCCUCCUUUAAGCCCUUUGGAGAACAAGCAUGGCAAUGGCACGUCGUUUAUUUAGACCUUUAGGAGGAAUAGCCAAAAGGGUUUUGCUCCAGCAGCCAGUGAUGUUCAAUUUGAGUAGAAAUUACAUAUCAGAGAUGCGUAAAGAAGCAUUUGAAGAGAACAUUCUCAGACUCCUCCGCUACGAGAUUCGUUAUGAGCUUGAACGUUCUCCUCCCUCUCAGGUUAAAAGCAAUGAUUUUUUUUUUCCUGGGAUAACUUUGGUGUCCGGGCCAGCUUGGGCACACUCGACAAUUCCACGGAUACCUGCUACCUCUCACCAGCAACAGCCCAUCACGGAAUUUGAUUCAUUUAUCAUUGAUGAAAGACCUGGAGAACAAUGGAUUAAAUUAAACAAGAAAUUUGGGGAGAAUGAAGAAAUUAGAGUUGAAGUUACCAUGUUUGAUGCAUCUGUUCCUGUUAAAAAAGGUGGUGAUGUGUCUGCAGCAGAUGACGUGCACCUUCACAUAACUAUGAUUGUGAAUGUUCUCAAAGGAGAAAGCAAUGAUGUGCUUGAGUUUGUUUGUUCUGCAUGGCCAAACAGUGUUGAGAUUCGUAAAGUUUACACACGUGGGCAGAAAGGCAUAGUGGAUCAACCUUAUGUUGGGCCUCCAUUUAAGGAAUUGGAUGAUGAACUGCAGAAUUCUCUUUAUGAUUUCCUGGAGACAAGGGGAAUAAACGAUGGACUUUCUGUAUUCUUACAUCAAUACAUGAAGAACAAAGAUAAACUUGAAUUUAUUCGCUGGAUGGAAAAGGCCAAAUCGUUCAUAGAGAGGAAAUAGAGAUAGUGUUUGCAUUUCUUCCGCCAGUGUUGCCUUGCUAACUUGCUUGCGGACCAUGCUCUGGAUUCAUUAGUUGAGAAAAAUUAUACUUGCAGGUUUAGAAUGAGAAAGAAACACUUUUCAUCUCAAUUGGAAGUCUGCCAUGCUAAUUUUUUUGUCUUUUCAAGGUUCCUAGAAUUCUACCAUAUCAGACAAAUGAGCCUUACAGAGAAGACGGACAACAACAUUACUAAUUUAGUUGGUGUAUUAUGUGAAGUUCAAAAAUCAUGAUCCCAUUCUUCAAUUGACAAAGUUUGCACUGCAUCUUAGUAAAGUGUACACGUGGGCUUUGCCAUGUUAUAGGUUUCUCCUUUUACUCGACCUCUCUGGUAUUUACUUAACUUUUCAGACUGCUUUGUGUUGACCUCUUACACAGAGAUUUUUGGCUGGUGCUUAAAGAGCUGCCAAUAAUGUCAUAAUUUUUAGGAACAAUGUUAUUUUAUGUAUUUGUGAUCUACUUCAGUAGCAAGUAGCAAUUUAGCCAGUUCAACUUUGAGCAAGCUUCCUCUUUUGACGAGUUUUUCAUCAUGCCAUGUCCUCAUAUGGGCUUUGUUUCUUACUGUUUCAAAAACCAACUAUCCAGGUAAAGGUAAAUUAUAUUUGGCAACACCAUCUUAUUUUCUUUGCUUCCCUUUUUCUUUUUUUAAAUCAUUUUGCUGCUAUUCUGAAUUUCUUGGUGUAAACUGUUUCGCAUUUUACUCUGCGGUUACUGAACAUCUUUAAUCAAAUACUUUGUGAUGCAGCAUAAGUGCUUCCUUCCAGCUGUUUACGGACUGUUAGUAACUUGGUCACAUAAUUCAGAAUGGUAAUCUCCCCUUCUUGAGGCUUGGCUAUAUAUAUCAACACUCUCUUUGCCAAACAAAUUGGAAUGGUGACAUCACCAUAACCCUCCAUAUCACUUUCCUCGCCAUCACCCUCAAGUUCAUUAUACCCAUGAUUGCCCUCUUCAUCUUCCUCCUCAUAUUCUCCGUCAUCAUCACUACAAGCUUCUUUCAAAAUGAAGGCUCUUCGAUUGGGAUACUUUACUAUGUGGCCAAAACCUUGACACUUAGAGCAUCGGAUUGGGUUAGAUUUCUUACCUCCUUCUUUGGAAGCAAACUUUGGAGGUUGCUUCUCAACUUAAUUGUUCAUUUCAAAGGGUUUCUUGGCUUCUUGCACGGGGCCCUUACCCAUUAAGUUCUUCAUCAUAGUCAUAACCUCGGUGGUCACGACCUUGGUAACCUUCACGAGCUUGGUAUCCUCAUUGUCUACCCAUUUGAGGGAUAGGACCAUUUUUUCCACCUGUACCUCGAUAGGCACCUUGUGCUUGCCCUCGUUGUCCCAAGCUUGAUUGGCAUAACGCUGAUGAAUAGCAUUAUCUAUCUCAUCAUCAUCAAGUGGUGGCUCAUCCUGGUACGGUUGUCGGAUAUUUGGACGGUUUUGGGCUAGCAUUGGUUCAUGCGGUGUUUGGUCUUAUGGAGGUGGUAGGUCCUUUUGAGGUGUUGGAAGGUUGGGUGGUAGUGUGGUGUUUUGAGGGGCAGGAUAAUAUAGUCGAUGAAUGGUUCCGGGUGACAACGUAGGGGAUUGGUCUGGAUGUUCCCUACUCGUAGUUCCUUGGAAUUGAACUUGGGGGGAAUAUGACGAUUCCCUCAUGCUUCCCUUCAUGGCUCCUAUCUCUCCCUCAAGGUUCCACAUUGGACUAGACAUUUUCCCCAUUUGUCUAGACAUCUCGAUUAUCAUUGAAGCCAAUUCAUUAAGUGUUACUUCCCCGUUUGGAAGUUGAGUUCCAUCUCCGGUUGACAUGGUACCUAAAAGACAAUCAACAAAACAAGGAAACGCGUUGGGUUAGUGCAAAUCAACUCACAAUCGCUCAAGUAUGUGCACCUUUGGUUGCUUCAAAAAUUGCUUUGGCCAAUGAUUGUGUCCUUGUUAAUACCGAUUAGUCAUAAGGGAUUCAAAUUCUACUCUUGGCUGGAAUAGAUUCUUGUUAGACUAAGAAAGACGGACGACUCAAUUAAUCUAGCGGACUUGAAUCAAGAAGUUUCAACGAGAUUAAAAACAAGAAGGUUAGGUUGAGAUAGCUCUCACUGUUUAGCUGCAUCUACUCGCUAUUAUUAAGCCCAAGUAUGAUGACGAUAUACUCAUUGAUUCAACAGCUGUUAUACUUUUUUUUGAUGAUCUAAGCUAUAUCCAGUAAUGGGGAAAGAAGGCAUUGGUCGUCUAGAUCAAUUAUUGCCCUGGUAGAAUGCUUGUUCCUACAUGCAUCAUUUUUCUACCACUACCUACACCUUUGCUUUAUGUUAAAUUUAAUGGUUCAAAAUGGUCAAACCCUCGAAAAGAGGAAGCUUCUAUUGCAUUAUCAUGAACUGUGAGUUUGAAUUUGAUGAAAUUAUCAUUUUUGUUGUGCUCUAUUGAGUAGUCCAACGUUGUUGCU